AUGGAUAAGUUUCGUAUGAUGUUCCAGUUCCUCCAAUCCAACCAGGAGUCCUUUAUGAAUGGGAUCUGUGGUAUCAUGGCACUCGCUAGUGCACAGAUGUACUCUGCCUUUGAGUUCAGCUGCCCCUGUAUGCCAGAGUACAACUACACCUAUGGGAUCGGCCUGCUCGUUAUUCCACCUAUAUGGUUCUUUCUGUUAGGUUUUGUAUUGAACAAUAAUGUGUCAGUGCUCACAGAAGAAUGGAAAAGACCCACAGGGAAACGGAGCAAGGAUCCAACAAUCCUCCGCUACAUGUUUUGCUCAAUCACACAGAGAUCCUUGAUAGCACCUGCAGUGUGGGUGUCUGUCACUCUCAUGGAUGGGAAGAGCUUCCUCUGUGCUUUCAGCAUCAACUUGGAUAUUGAAAGGUUUGGGAAUUACAGUCUGCUGACGGGGAUGUCAGAGAUGGAGAAGAUGAGACUGCUGGCGAGGAUUCCAUGCAAAGACCUAUUUGAGCAUCAGGAAGUCAGAGUGGCAGCAUCACGUUACAUCAGGUGUAUAUCACAGGCAUGUGGAUGGAUAUUUCUGCUCAUGAUAACCUUCACAGCCUUCCUGAUCCGAGCUAUUCGACCAUGCUUUACUCAAGCCGCCUUCCUCAAGACCAAGUACUGGUCUCAUUACAUUGACAUUGAGCGCAAGAUGUUCGAUGAGACCUGUAAGGAGCAUGCCAAGAGCUUCGCCAAGGUUUGCAUCCACCAGUACUUUGAGAACAUCAGUGGGGAGAUGCGCAGCCUCCACCACCAUCGCUCCAGCAAGGACGACAGCGACGAUGAAGACGAAGAUAACAAGAGAAGUGACGAAGACAAGCUCCUGGGUAUCAGGGCCCAGGAUGAUAUGAAUAAAGUUUUAUGGAACUGGCACACCUCUAAACCAGCUCUGGCUCUGAGAAAGGACCAAAUGGACGGUGAAAACAAUGGCAGACUGAAUGGAGAGGCCAAUGGAGCAGUGAAUGGGUUUGUAAAUGGACACACCCAUGACGUGGAGAAGAGAGAAUGGGCAGUGUAUUACAAUUGGAGGGCUGAGGUAGUGAGGGAGGGCUGA